GCCUCGCUUCAUCUCGGGGAUGAGGGAAGGGCUUCCAUUAUUGAAUACGCGCCGCCUGUGACGCAUUUCCGGCCUGGCCGUGGAGGCUGGGGCCUAUGUACAAGUGGAUCUGUGAGACUCUGCGGUCUUGGAUAUCGUCGCCUUCCUCUUGUCACCGGGAUGUGGAGCCUUCUUUACCUCGACCGCGGAAGAGACGGUAUCGCAGUUCCCAAUCCUAUGUAGAAGAGCCUGAUCAGGAGCAAGCAAAAAGACAAAAACUUGAUAUUUUUGGUAUACUAACUCAAGGAAUUGCCAGUCUGAUUAAGCUACCAUCCCAAUUAACAGCUAAAUAUCUUCAAGUUGGAGAUCAAUAUGCUGAAACUACAAAAGAGUUUCUUUCAAAUGCUUCUGAUGCCUUGGCUGACAAGCAGAUGCAACCUAACUGUGGGAUGCAGAUGUCUAACUUUGACAAAAAAGCAAGUUAUGGUACCUGUAUUAAUCCAGAUGUAGCAUCUAACUCUCGUAUUCCUGUGAGUUAUAUGAGAGAUGACUUUAGUUUCAAAAACAAUCAUAAGAAAAAUCAUAAUGUGCUUCAAGAGGAUUUGCGGCCAUGGGGACAUAUUACUCGCAGACAUUCAUUAGAAGCUUCUGCUUUAGAGACUGGAAGGUAUCUAAGGAAACCUCAUUAUACUGUUGAAGAGGGAGUUCAAAGACUGGAGCAAGAGAAAUACAAAGAAUUACUUAAGCAAGAAAAAGAAAAGAGUCUUAAAAUUCACUCGUCUGGUGCAGUAACAAAAUACCAUGAUGUCCAAGAUUAUGCCACUGGAUCCCUAAAGUUUGAUCUCAUCCCUCCAUCAGAAAUGCCAAGAAAUGGAAUAAAAAACUUUGGUCACUUGGGCUCUAAAAAUGAAAUGAGCAGAUCAAUAAUAACAAAAAGAACAACAGAACAUGAAAAGGUAUUUGAACAGAAAAAAGAGAGGCCUAUGCAGCCUUUGAUGGGAAAUGAUCUAUCAGAAGAAGUAUCGCUUAGAUUAAGCCUGGUCCAGAAAGAAUCAUCAUGCAGAAGACGUUCUCUGGUUGAAAUAAGAGAAACAUAUCUGAGUUUGGAAAAGGCUACAGAGUGCUUCCCUGAGUUUACAAAGGGUAUGGAAAAAGAGGUAGCAAAUGCUCUGAGCUAUGGUCAAGAGGAUGAAAUUUUGACUAGCGCCUUCAAGCUGAAUAUUACGCGAAGAGACAUUCAAACGUUAAGAAACCAACAGUGGCUCAAUGAUGUGGUCAUUAAUUUCUAUAUGAAUCUUUUGGUUGAGAGAAAUAAAAUGCAAAGAUUUCCAGCACUUUAUGCUUUCAGUACUUUCUUCUAUUCCAAGCUAAGUUCUAUGGGUUAUAAUGCAGUAAAAAGAUGGACCAAAGAAGUUGACUUAUUCCAGCAUGACAUAAUCUUGGUGCCUAUUCAUAUCAGACUACACUGGGCAUUGGUGGUUAUAGAUUUGAGGAGAAAAACUAUCAAAUAUUUUGAUUCAAUGGGACAAAAUGGCAUCAGGAUCUGCAGGAGAUUGUUACAAUAUCUGCAAGAGGAAAGUAAAGCAAAGAAAAACCAGGACAUUAAUGUUUCGUCUUGGACACUUCACAGUAUGAAGCCUCAUGAAAUUCCGCAGCAGUUAAAUGGCAGUGAUUGUGGAAUGUUUACUUGCAAAUUUGCAGACUUUGUCUCUAGGGAUAAACCCAUUGCAUUUACCCAGUUUCACAUGCCUUAUUAUCGGAAAAAAAUGGCAUGGGAGAUUCUUCAUCAGCGGUUGCUAUGAUGCCAGACCGCUGUUAUGGUUCAUGUGCAUAAAACACCAUCCAGUUAUACAAUUGACUUGCACCCAUUUAAAGGCAAAGGUUCAAAAUACUCUAUUGGCUAUGCUCCAUUUCUAGAGAUGCGAGUUAUCCAGAAGAAUAAUAGAAGCUUUUCCUUGAAGCUUUCCUUCCAAGGAGAAAAAAAUAUGGCAGCAGGCAGGAAUUUGGCAGAGUAUUUUAAGUAGUUUGGGGAUGUAUAUGACCUAUGUGGCAUGAAAAAGAAAUAUAUUGCAAUUUUCCAAAGAAUGCCAGAUUGUCUAUGGUUUCAAUGCUGAUUGGAUUCAAACUUAUAUGGCUUAUAAGUAAUGCAAUUGUAAUUGUAGGUGAUUUGUCCCAUUAAU